ACAAAAAAAAAAAACAUGAAGUUCGGGAAGGAGUUUGCAUCACAAAUGGUGCCAGAAUGGCAAUAUGCUUACAUGGACUACGCCUAUCUCAAGACUCUCCUCAAAGAGAUCAUACGCUUCAAGCAAAGAACUGAGCCUCCGGUAACCACCCCGGCCGGCCUGAAGCGGAGUCUGACAAUGUACAGAGCUUUUAGUGGCCUAAUCCAUAGGCAUGGGCACGUCGGGCAUGUCAAGAGCCCGAACAAUGCCGCCGCCGGUGGAGACAUUGAGGAUCAAGUGAUACUGGUAAAAGCCAUGAAGAGUGAGAAAUCAUAUUCUGAUGAUGGUAAUUACCAAUCAAACUUUCUCAUGUCAGCCGAAGAAGGUGGAGAGUAUGAGCUGCUUUACUUCAGGAGGCUAGAUGAUGAGCUUAACAAGGUGAACAAGUUCUAUAAGGACAAGGUGGAUGAGGUCCUUAAGGAGGCUAAUCAAUUGAAUAAGCAAAUGGAUGCUUUGAUUGCGCUUCGGAUUAAGGCUGAGAAUCCUAACAUGGACAGUGUCUAUGAAUACUCCAAUCGUAACGCCGAAAUGAGUCACCUUGCUUCUGAUGUCGCUGCAACCUCAGCUGCAUUGAAUGCAUCUACUCCUUACCGUGCUAGAUCUACAAGUAAAGGUGAUGCAGAAGUGCACAUGGAGGUAAUUGAAGAAUUUUUACUGAACAAUAGAGGGAAUUUGAAUGAUUCAAGUGCAGACAGAGAUGUCAAUGAGCCCAAAACUACUAACUCUAGUGUUCAUGAAGAGAGACCAGAUGGCAUCAAGGCCUCUAGACCAGCCCCUUUACAAAUCCUUGGCCGUGUGAAGCUCCACAACACACUUGAGACUCCCCGCUCUACCAUUAAAGGCAUUCUCAAGGUCUCCAAGAACAGAGAACUCAACCAUAAACACUUGAAGAAAGUUGAGGGACAACUGAAGCGGACAUUCAUCGAAUUUUAUCAGAAGCUUCGACUUCUUAAGAGCUACAGCUUUUUGAAUCUCUUGGCAUUCUCAAAGAUCAUGAAGAAAUAUGACAAGAUCACUUCAAGAAAUGCAUCGAGGUCUUACCUAAACAUGGUUGACGACUCCUAUCUUGGCAGCUCCGAUGAGGUCACUAAGCUCAUGGAGAGAGUGGAAGCUACCUUCAUCAAGCACUUCUCAAACUCAAACCGUAGGAAGGGCAUAAACAUCUUGAGACCAAAAGCAAAGAGAGAAAGGCACAGAAUAACAUUUUCCAUGGGCUUAUUUGUUGGUGCCGCCACAGCUUUACUAGUGGGCCUUAUUUUGAUUAUACGUGCAAGAAAUAUCCUGAACAAGGGAGGGAGUACCCUGUACAUGGAAACCAUGUUUCCCCUCUACAGCUUGUUUGGAUUCAUUGUCCUACAUUUGUUCCUGUAUGGUAUGAAUAUAUACUUCUGGAGGCGCUACCGAGUCAAUCAUCCAUUCAUAUUUGGAUUCAAACAAGGAACUGAAUUGGGGUACCGAGAAGUCUUCCUCAUCAGCUCAGGUAUUGCAGUACUUGCACUUGCCAGUGUGUUGUCAAACCUAGACAUGGAGAUGGAUCCAAUAACAAAAGAAUACAAGGCACUUACGGAACUAGUUCCUCUGGCAUUAGUUUGUCUAGUAGUUGGCAUAACAUUUUGCCCAUUUGACAUUAUAUACCGUUCAAGUCGCUUCUUCCUACUCCGAUGUACUCUCCACUCUGUCUGUGCCCCUCUCUACAAGGUUACUCUACCAGAUUUUUUCCUAGCAGAUCAGCUAACUAGCCAGAUUCAAGCCUUUAGAAGUCUGGAGUUCUACAUCUGUUAUUAUGGUUGGGGAGACUACAAAUACAGAACAAACAACUGCAAAGAUAAUGAUGUCUACAAAACUUUCUUUUAUAUAGUUGCUGUAAUUCCUUUCUGGUUCCGCUUCCUUCAGUGCAUCCGACGGUUGUUCGAAGAGAAAGACCCAAUGCAAGGAUACAAUGGACUGAAAUACUUCUCGAUCAUUUUGUCCAUUAUUAUGAGGACAGCUUACAGUUUGAAUAAGGGAAUGGUUUGGCAGGUGUUAGCCUGGAUCACCUCAGCCAUUGCAGGAAUUGUAAGCACCUAUUGGGACAUUGUUUUCGACUGGGGGCUUCUACAACGUAACUCAAAGAAUCGAUGGUUGAGAGAUAAGCUUCUUAUCUCUCACAAAAGUGUAUAUUUCGGAGCCAUAAUCUUGGAUUGUCUACUCAGAUUUGCCUGGCUGCAAACUGUUUUGAACUUUGAAGUAUCUUUCCUACAUAAAGAAGCCAUGAUUGCUGUAGUUGCAAGCCUAGAGAUAAUUCGUCGUGGCGUUUGGAAUUUCUUCAGAUUGGAGAAUGAACACCUGAACAAUGUUGGAAAGUUUCGUGCCUUCAAGUCAGUUCCUCUACCAUUUAAUGUCGAUGAGGAUGAAGAAAAAGAUGAAGACAAAUAAGGAUCAACCACAAUCCACAAAGACAAAAGAGCAUGCUAGAACAAUCAAUCUCUGCAGAAGAAUCAGAUUAAAGCAGCUUUAGGAAUUGAAAUAAACCAACAGAAGACAUGAC